AUAGGUGAUAGGAGGAGCAUCGUGGCAGAAGAAUGUCCACAUAGCUUCUGAGCUUUUCCAUGGUUAUCCUCCUUUCCCCUUCCCCAAGUUUUGACUCUUCAUCUUAGUACCGCCCACCAUUCCACACAAACACUGAAACAACCUUCUCGCCAUAUCCACAACCUCCUUAUAAAUACACUACUUCUCCCUCAUUCUCGAUCACUCCUUCAUAAUAUCUUGAAUUCUUUCGAAAUGGGUAUGAUUCUUGGGAAAAUCACGGUGGAAACGCCCAAGUACGAGGUGAUUCACGCCGCCGCGGAGUACGAAAUCCGGCAGUACCCGCCGGCCGUGAUAGCGGAGGUCACCUACCACCCCACCCAGUUCAGGGGCAACAAGGACGGCGGCUUCACUCUGCUCGCCAAUUACAUCGGCGCGCUGGGCAACCCCCAGAACGCGAAGCCGGAAAAGAUAGCCAUGACGGCGCCGGUGAUCACCAGAGAGUCUUCGUCGUCGUCGGAGGAGAUCGCGAUGACGGCGCCCGUGGUGACCAAGGGCGGCGGCGGGGAGGGGGAGAGCAAGGCGGUGACGAUGCAGUUCAUCCUCCCGUCGAAGUACGCGAGGGCGGAGGAGGCGCCGAAGCCGCUGGACGAGCGGGUGAAGAUUAAGGAGGGAGGGGAGAGGAAAUAUGGGGUGGUGAAGUUCAGCGGGACGGCGACGGAUAAAGUGGUGGAAGAGAAGGUGGAGAUGCUGAAGAGGUGUUUGGAGAGAGAUGGGUAUAAGAUAAUUGGGGAAUUCGAGUUGGGUAGGUAUAAUCCUCCAUGGACGCUGCCUCCAUUGAAGACGAAUGAAGUUAUGAUACCAGUGGAGUGAAUGAAUCUUAAUGCACCCUCCUCAGUUUAAUUUGUCUUUGUUUUCCAGUGUUUUUCUUGCUGUAUUUUGUGUCAGCAUGUAUGUAAUUACACUACAAGUUUUGCUCUGA